AUGAAGGAGCUUGAUAGCUUGGAUAAGCGAAUAAGACCUUAUUUGCAGAAAAUUGGAUAUAAUAAAUGGUCAAGAUUCUACUCCAAAAACAAAAGGUACUCAGUAAUGACUUCCAAUAUUGUUGAGUCACUUAACUCAGCCACCGUGGCAGCUAGAGAGGUACCUAUAACAACAAUUUUGGAGUGUUUGCGUGGAUUACUCCAAGAUUGGACAUACACUGAUAGGAAACUAGCUCAAAAAACAAUGACAAGAUUGACACCAGUUGCAGAACAAGCACUCACCAACAAAUUUGUAUACUCUUUGAGAUUAACUGUAAAGCCAGCAAAUGAAUAUCUAUUUGAGGUAUUCAAAGAAGAUAAGUCAUGGGUUGUAAAUCUCAAAGAACAAAUUUGCACUUGCAAUAGAUUUCAGAAUGAUGAAAUGUCAUGUGCUCAUGCUCUUCCUGUGAUGAAGGAGAUGAACAUAGACCCCUACAAUUACUGUUCACUUUACUACACAACAAAAGUAUGA